GAGUGAAACAGCCGUGUGUUUGUUGCUCGAGACUCAGUCGCGCGGCAGAGCGUAUCCUCUCGAAACCCAAGACGAGUCACUUGGAUUACUGUCAGCUGCUCCGAAGCUGAACACAUAUUGUUUUUUUAAAGAAAAUUUGCCGAUGUUUCUUUUCUGUUUGGGCACAGGCAAGAACAUUGCAUUUUACACCUUUAAAAGCAGCAGUCUUCUCGGAAGGGGCCGCACCUUCAGCUGAACAUCAUCAUCCAGCGGCUGGAGUUUGUUCCGUGGAGUAACACUCCUUCGGGACUGUGAAGGCAGUCGAUAAGGAGGACACAGGAGGCAGGUUGCUCCACUCACAGUCAAUAUGUGAAGCUGCUCGUAUGCUAAAAUCACUGCAUGGAUGGGUGGAGAGUUUGCCCAGAACAGAACCAUACCUCCAACACCAACAGAUUGCUUCAGUUGUCCCACCCAACUUCACAACUCAAUCACUGCAAUUAUGCAAGAGUGAGAAGACACCAAGAACCCUGUUGAUGGUGAAGCUGAUCUGAAGAUCUACAUGAUCACCUUGACCUAAAGGUCUAUGAAAGCUGCAGAGCAGAGGAGAUCAAGAUUGACUGGAAGACAAGCAAAGAAGUGAAAGAAGGAAGGAAGGAAGGCUUGGUUGGAUUGGCUGAAGGAGGGAACCGAAGGGCUGGAUGCUAGCCUCUAUUCAUUCUAGAAGUUCCCAGGUUCCUCAGAGAUGGCCUCCAACUUCAAUGACAUUGUUAAGCAGGGCUAUGUCCGCAUGCGGAGCAGGAAACUGGGGAUCUAUCGGCGCUGCUGGCUGGUGUUUAAGAAGUCAUCCAGUAAAGGACCUCGCCGGUUGGAGAAAUACCCUGAUGAAAAGUCGGCCUACAUCAGAGCUUGUCCUAAGGUGACAGAAAUCAGUAAUGUGAAGAAUGUGACAAGAUUGCCUCGUGACACCAAGCGGCAAGCCGUGGCCAUCGUCUUCACAGAUGACACUUCUCGAACCUUCACCUGUGAAUCAGAGCUGGAGGCUGAAGAGUGGUUUAAGACCUUAUCCAUUGAGUGCCUGGGGUUGCGUCUGAAUGACAUCAGUCUUGGAGAACCAGACCUUCUGGCCGCUGGUGUUCAAUGUGAACACACAGAGCGCUUCAACGUGUUCCUGCUGCCCUGCCCUAAUCUUGACAUCUACGGCGAGUGCAUGAUGCAGAUCACACAUGAAAACAUCUACCUGUGGGACAUUCACAACCCUCGCACGAAGCUAGUAACCUGGCCACUUUGCUCACUGCGACGCUACGGACGGGACGCUACACGUUUUACCUUUGAAGCUGGCAGGCUGUGUGACAGUGGGGAGGGCCUGUAUACUUUCCAGACACGGGAAGGAGAGCAGAUCUACCAAAGGGUUCACUCUUCCACACUAGCUAUAGCCGAGCAGCAUAAGAGAGUGCUCAUGGAAAUGGAAAAAAACAGCAAGCUCUUAUCUAAGGGUUCAGAGGGGACCUCCUACCCCUGCACCCCCACAGCAAUCUUACCACGAAGUGCUUUCUGGCACCACAUCACUGGAACACAGGCUGGGGUGGACUCUGCCAAUGGUGACAUUUAUGGUGAUAGUCAACUGGGAGCGGACACAGACCUCUUCUCUAAACACCUUCCUCCAGAACGUCGCUCAACUCUUCCUGUGGGCCAUGCCUGUUCCCAGCCCCCGACACACUACCCCAUUUACCCCACAGAGUGAGCAGCUUAGCAGAGAAACGUAACUGUUUUUUACCUCUAGACCUCCCUCCACACUGAGUUUUGCUCUAAGUUUUUCCAUCAGCUCUUCUUCACCAAGGGCCAAGGGCCAGAUCCAUGCUGCCUCAGCCAUCCCUGAGUCUGCCAGUGAUGCUGAGGGGAAUUAUUGUGGAAAGAGGGAAUGCACUGUGAAGCUUGCAGUGCUUAUAUUGGAGCAGGGCCCACAGCCCCUUAAGGCAGACAUGAGAGAUCAGUAAAAAUGCUCAUAUGUUUAUUGAACUGACUCUGUUGCCUUCCCAGUCCUAUGUGGACAGUCUUGCUGGGUUUUUGUGGGAGUAGACACUGUAGGUUCUUAAUACUUAUCAGUAGUUUCUCGUAUUCUAACUCUUAAUGCACGCUUUUCGGCCCUAUGCAUGUCCCCCGAGGUUGACAGCUCAGCGAUGGAGGAAUUUCCUAGACACAUAUAGAAGUCCCCUUGAUGUGGUCUGCAUGCAAAGGAUUCUAAGAAACCAUGCAGACCCAGCAGAGGGGCCUCCAACUCAACCAAUUUUCAACACUUUCAGUUUGAACACUUCUGCUCUUCAAUAUGAGCAGUCCAGAAGCGUGUCUUGAUUAAAAGCUUUAAUCAUCAUCAGAUUGGCAUGCCUGUAAAACUCCCCCAAGCCCAGAGGACUCGAGCACUUUGUGAGGAAUUUCUAAAAUUGGCAUUUUGUACAUUUGUCAGUUUUGUUCCUCUUUUUCCCUUUAUUCAAAACAACUUAAGUAGAAUGUUAUAAUGUACAAAACUGUCUUUCCAGGCUGAGUCUCUAUGUUGUGUAUAAAGAAAGCCAUUUGGAUGAAUGUGAUUGUUAAAUGCUUUCUCUUCUAGAUUCUUCCAUAUGAUUUAUGUUGUUGUUUACCUUUUCAAGGAGACCAAUCCACCAUAUUACCUGGAAGAUAUCGGAAGGGUCAGAGAAUGGGAAACAAAAUGUAUGGAUAUGCCCAGUUGAGGUGCAAGGUGACAUCUCUGUUUUUAUGAACUAUUUAUUUAUUUAUUGAAGUUUACCGACAAAGCACAAGACAAAUUGCAGUGUACAGUGGUUUUCUUUUUGCAGCUCAACAAUUCUGUAUUAUAAAGGGUUUAUACAGGCACUGCAAAUGAGGAGAGGAAUAUCUUAAAUAAGAUGGGAGGCCUCACACAAGAAAUGUCUUUUGAUUUCUUGCUUAUUUCCAAAGGCAGUAAUUUCCAUGAAAUUAUCUGUAUCACCAAGGUUUACCAGUGUGAUUUUAUUUAGCAGAUAUCUACAGUAUAUUAUAUGGCUAUACCAUUUUUAAGAUUUUCGACUCAUUGUUUCUGUCACGCUGUAGUGAUCAUAUCAGAACACCUCAGUAUGCAGUUAGCACACAUGCUCUGACACAAUAAACUGGGUUGCUUACUCGAAUCAUUUUCCGAUUGUUCACAAUGUUCUCUCCAUCAUUAAAUGUUGUCUCUCCACAAUCUAUAUCAGUAAAUUUGUGAAAAAGGCUGAAAAUAAACAAGACAGCGCAGUAUGCAACUCAAAACAGCAUAUGUGCAGUCUCUGUGAGUGGUUGGUUGAACUUCUUUUCUGGCCCAGAUGAGGAGCAGCAUUACUGUAUUUGGCAGACACUCUUUAGUCAUUCAAUACUGGAAUUUAUUAACUAAUGUAUAUACAAUAAAGAAGGCUACAUGUAGGAUAACAAUAAUAAUUAUUAAUUUUUAUUGUCAUAUGAAUGUAUGUCAGCAAUUGAGCUUAUUUUCAAUAAGCUUUUCAUUUUAUUUUGUAUGACCAAGUGUGAGGCAGAAGUAGCUACUGUUUGUUUAUGAUAUUGCAUUUAGAUAAAGAAAAGAAGAUGGACUUUUUUCAUAGUGUCCUUAGAGAGCCAACAACUUUUCCAUCAGUUAAAGCAUUUGACAGAAAUAAAGAAGUGAUGCUGAAGUAAUUAUCAGUAUAAAUACAGGGGCAAGAAAAAGUAUGUGAACCCCUUGGAAUUAGCUGGUUUUCUGCAUUAAUUGGUCAUAAAAUGUGAUCUCAUCUUCAUCAAAGUCACAAGUAUAGACAAACACAAUGUGCUUAAGCUAACAACAGAUAAACAGUUAUAAUCUUUCAUGUCUUUAUUGAACACAUCCCAUUAAACAUUCACAGUGCUGUAAAAAAAAUUAAGUGAACCCUUGGAUUUAAUAACUGGUCGAUCCUCCUUUGGCAGCAAUAACCUCAAUCAGGCAUUUCCGGUAGCUCCGGAUUAGACCUGCACAACGUUCAGAAGGAAUUUUUGACCAUUCUUCCUUAAAGAACAACUUCAGCUCAGUCAUAUUCUUUGGAUGUCUGCUGUGAACAGCUCUCUUGAAGUCAUUCCACAGCAUCUCUAUUGGGUUAAGGUCUGGGCUCUGACUGGAAGUUGGCUUUUCUUUUUUUGAAGCCAUUCUGUAGUGGAUUUACUUCGAUGUUUAGGGUCAUUGUCCUGCUGUAUCACCCAACAUCUAAUGUGCUUCAGCUGGUGCACAGCCACCCUGACAUUAUCCUGUAUGAUAUUUUGAUAAACUUAGGAAUUAAUUUUUCCAUUGAUGGUGGCAAGCAGUACAGGCCCUGAAGCAGCAAAGCAGCCUCAAAUCAUGAUGCUCCCUUCACUGUACUUCACCGUUGAGAUGAUGUUUUCAUGCUGGGAUGUGGUGUAUUUUUUACGCCAUACGUAGUGUUGUGUUUUCUUCCAUAACAAUUCAGCCUUAGUUUCAUCAGUCCACAAAACAUUUUCCCAGUAGCACUGUGGAGUGUCAAGAUUGUCUUUGGCAAACUUCAGGUGUGCAGCAAUGUUUUUAUUGGAAAGCAGCAGCUUCCUUCGUGGUGUCCUGCCAUGGACCCCAUGCCUGUUUAAUGUUUUCAGUAUAGUAGACUCAUGAACAGAGAUGUUAACCAGUUCCAAUGAUUCCUUCAAGUCUUUAGCUACUGUAUCACUCCAGGGCUCUUUUUUUUAUCUGAUUAAACAUUCUGCAGUGUGCCCUUUGAGUCAACAUGGCUGGACGGCCACUUCUAGGGAAAGUAGCCACAGUACUAAAUCGUAUCCAUUUAUAAAUAAUUUGUCUAAGUGUGGACAGAUGAAUAUUUAAUCUCUUCAAGACAACUUUGUGUCCUUUUCCAACUUUAUGCAAAUCAACAAUUCUUGAUCGUAGGUCUUCUGAGGUCUCUUUUUUUUUUUUGAGGCAUGGUCCACGUCAGCAAAUGCCUCUUGUGAAUAGCAAAGUCUAAGUCAAAGAGUGCUUUUUAUAUUAAAAGUAGCUCUAACCCACAUCUCCAGUCUCGUUACAUUAAUUGGAUGCCAGGUUUGCCAACUCCUGACUCUAAAUAGCUUUUGUUGACGUCAUUAAGACUAGGUGUUCACAUACUUUUUCCAACCUACACUGUAAAUGUUUGAAUGAUGUAUUCAAUAUGUACAAUAACAACACAAUAAUUUGUGUGUUAUUAGUUAAAACAGAUUGUGUUUGUUCAUUAUUGUAACUUAGAUGAAGAUCAAACCAGAUUUUAAGACAAAUAUAUACAUAAAUGCAGGUAACUCAAAAGGGUUUACAUACCUUUUCUUGCCACUGUAUAAUUCAAGAGUGAUGCUACCCUUAAAACUGUACCUCCUAUUUCUUCUUCUGUUUUCUGUAAUGUAGCAAAUAUUUGCCCACUGAAAUAAAAAUCGAGGUGAUUGUUGCACUGUAGCUCAUGCAGAGAUGCUUUUUAAAAGGUCUCUGUUUUGCAUUGUGUAAUAUAAUUGAUCUCACCAAGUGCUUUACUCUGAUAUCCAUAAAGACAAUGAAUGAAUAGGAUUUAUAUAGGCCUAUACACACACCAAAAGUACAUUUUUAUUAUGAUUUCUUAGACGUUUUCACUUGUAUCUAUUUUUUCUUUUUUUUUCUUCUUCUUCUUUCCAGGAGACAUAACUAGAGCUCAUUAGAUAAAUGGCCUAUAAACACCUCAGAAUGGGUUAUAUAUUUGUACAUAAACAGCCAGCAGGUCCUUGGAGAGGUUCUGUUUCAAAAGGCUUCGAUCUCUGACAGUGGGAAUUCAAACAGAAUGUCCUGUUCAGUAUUAUAUUUGUCUAUUUUCAUGUCUAUUUCUUUGCAAGACAACAGCACUGCUAUAAAGGUAAACACUGAAAUAUGUGCUCUAUGAGCAGUUUAAGAAAUUAUGCCAUGAGGACUCAACUAAAAAGUCUCUAAAAGCAGAAUAUUCAUGAAAUUCUGAGUAGAAAAGUGCUGAAAACUUCAUUAACU